CACGACGAACUUGAAGAAACAUAUCGAAAGGUCGCAUGUAAUGGUGAACUUUGCGACAAAUUCUUCAAGAUCCGUCGACCCUGUGUUGCCAGAGCCAGGUGAAGCCUCUCUUGCAGUGGAGUUGCCAGAAGAAGGCACCACAGCCAGCAGCACACAGGGGGAAGCAGUUCCCUCCACAUCACAGCAUCAGACAGCCAUCACAGAAUACGUUCCCAAAAAGAUGGGACUGAUUCAAAAGAAGAAGGUGGAUAGCAAAUUAAUGGGUCUGUUCACAAAAGACUAUCAACCUUUCUCUAUUGUAAAUGACUCAGGAUUUCGUAGUUUUGUACAUGCACUGAAUCCUGCUUAUGAAAUACCGAGUAGAAGGACUGUAACAAAUGUAAUGUUGCCAGCAGCAUAUGCAGAAGCAAAUGAGAAAGUACAACAAAAGCUGCAAGGCAUAAAGACAAUCUGUCUAACAACAGAUUGCUGGACAUCAGCUUCUAAUGAAAGUUACAUGGCUGUAACUGGACAUUUCAUAAAUGAGCAAUUCAGAUUACAGUCUGUACUGCUGGAAUGCAGUCAUUUCAGUGGUGCCCAUACCAGCUCAAAUUUGUCCACAGCUUUGAUUAAAAUUACGGACAAAUUUAGUCUUGGUGGCAAAAUUUUAAUGGUAGUCACGGACAAUGCACCAAAUAUAAAAAGUGCUAUUUCCACCAUUCUCAAGUGGAAACAUUUUGGUUGUUAUGCUCACACUCUUAAUUUAGUUGUGCAGGAUGCACUUAAAAAUGUUCAGGAAGUUCACCAGAAAGUCAAGACAAUUGUAGGUUUUUUUAAAAGGAGCAGCAGUGCAACAGAGCGGCUCUUAACAUGCCAACAGAACAGUGGCAAAGUAAACAUCAAGAAAUUGAUCCAGGACUUGCCCACAAGGUGGAAUUCAACCCUGUUCAUGUUGGAACGUAUUGUCGAAUUGUCAGAGGCAGUGAAAAUUACAGUUGCCCUUUGUAACAGGCCCACAGAUCUUCCGUCACUGUCAAAUGAUGAGUGGGAAAUCUGCUCCGAACUCUGUUCAAUUUUGAAACCGUUUGAGCAGGUUUCGAGGCAGCUCAGUGCAGAGGAUUACCCAACUGGCAGCUUGGUUAUAGUCCUGACACGUGGACUUCUGGCAGUAUGUGACGAAAUAGCCAAAAUGCAGUUACAUGAAGUUUCAAGGAAAGUUGUUUUGGCACUAAAAGAAGGGCUUACAAACCGGUUUUCGAAUCUUGAGCAGAGCAAGUCCAUUGCCCUUGCUACUCUGCUGGAUCCACGUUUCAAACUGCUGGCAUUUCAGAACCAGGCAGCAGCAGACAACACGAAGAAACAAUUAAUUAAUAUUGUUGCCCAGAAACUGGAAAAAUGUAGGCCAGUAGGUAUUCAGCCUUCACAAUCUGUUGAGCCAAACAAUUUGGAAACUGAAUCCUUCUCUGUGUGGGGCAUAUUCGAUAAGUUAGUGAAACAUGCACAGCCACAGGGCACAGUACAGUCAUGUGCUAUUGUAGAGGUUCAAAGGUACAUUGACAGCUCAGUCAUCAGUAGAAAUGAGGAUCCUCUGGCAUGGUGGAGACAAAAUCAAUACAUAUACCCAACCAUUGCAAAAGUAGUGAAAGAGAGGUUUAAUGUUGUAGCAACUUCUGUGCCUUGUGAGAGGGUCUUCUCAAAAACUGGACAUUUAAUAAAUGACAGAAGAACCCGCCUCAAGCCAUCGAAUAUAGAAAAACUAAUAUUUCUGAAUGCCAAUGGUACCUGUGAUUAGUGCUGAAAAUUCUGGACCCGUGUGAGGUUUGCUUCCAUGGAGGUAACUGGGCACUUUCAACACAAGCGAACAAGACCACACAACUGUAUGAUGCCUAUCAAUAUUACAACAUGUAACUGGGCACUUUCAACACAGGUGAACAAGACCACACAACUGUAUGAUGCCUAGCAAAAUGUAAAAUGUAACUGGGCACUUUCAACACAAGCAAACAAGACCACACAACUGUAUGAUGCCUAUCAAUAUUACAACAUGUAACUGGGCACUUUCAACACAAGUGAACAAGACCACACAACUGUAUGAUGCCUAGCAAAAUGUAAAAUGUAACUGGGCACUUUCAACACAAGCAAACAAGACCACACAACUGUAUGAUGCCUAUCAAUAUUACAACAUGUAACUGGGCACUUUCAACACAAGUGAACAAGACCACACAACUGUAUGAUGCCUAGCAAAAUGUAAAAUGUAACUGGGCACUUUCAACACAAGCAAACAAGACCACACAACUGUAUGAUGCCUAUCAAUAUUACAACAUGUAACUGGGCACUUUCAACACAAGUGAACAAGACCACACAACUGUAUGAUGCCUAGCAAAAUGUAAAAUGUAACUGGGCACUUUCAACACAAGCAAACAAGACCACACAACUGUAUGAUGAUUAGCAAAAUGUAAAAUAUACACCUUUCACUUACUGCAAGUAUUUCACUUUGGCAUAAAUGUGAGUUACAUCUCUAGCAUCAAAAGAUUGGUAACACAGACCACUGAUAUCACUUCCAAGACUGUGUUUUCUUUGUCAUAUUAGUUUCUGUUUGUUGAAAAACACAGAUUUAGUUUUGUUGAUAUAUGCACGAAAGGUGACAGAGAAACAGGUCAUACUGGGAGCAGUAGGUCUGUGACUUGGAUGCAGCACAGUUACUGAUUUGAUGCCAUUAAGGCACAAAGCUUUGUAAUGAUUAAAAUGGUGAGUGAAUGUAAAUCCUGGAAGUGUUAUUUCUUUAUACUAAAACCUGCUACUUUAAGUUAUGUUUCAGAAAUUUCUUGAGCACCUCGACUUGAAAAAUAACAGGAAUACCAUCUAGAAUAUUACAAGUGAGGACAGUCAGUCAAUGAUAAUCCAUGAGCUUAGGCUGAAGGAAAAAAAUUAUAUAUAUGUAAUAAAAGUUGAUUGUAAUGUGUGAUGUUGUAGACAUACAAUAAUCUGUUUUGUGCUAUCUUUUCCAUAAUGAAUUUGGUGACAACAUGUGGAUCAAAACUGGAAUGAGCAAAGAAUACCAACCAAAUUUAAGACCCAAAAACCAGAAAGAGCCACGACCAGCGGUGGAACACACGCAAGUUUGAAAAAUUUGUUCCAAAUGCACACUAAUAGUGAUUUUUUUUCUUUUUGUUGUUGUUGAUUGUAGAUGUACAUAUAUGUUCCUGUCUCCUGCUAAAAAUGAACCAUCCCAACUAGCAAAUUUUACUUUGUUAUUUAGAACUUUUUUAAUUGCAUUAAUUAAGAGCCACCUGCACUUUGAGAGGACUAAAACUGUUUAGAUUUUAUUAUUCAUUCAAUAACAAGAUUAAUAUGUGGGGUAUGUGAAAUGUGUGUACAUGUUUGUUUUGCUCAUACUUGUACAAAUGUUUCAUGUAACCUGACGAGGCGAACCCAAGAUUCACGAAGAAGAAGAGGAGGAGGAAGAAGAGGAGGAGGAGGAGGAAGAAGAAGAGGAUCCUUCAAGACUGCAACAUAAAAUAUUUAAUAUGUAGCACAACAACUGUACACAGUUGAUAACGUCCUUCUGGGGUUUUGAGGAGCUGGUUUUCCUUCAGACCGUGGGCAAAUGCCAGGACGUACAAGUUUCCAGCUCAGAAAAUGCUCAUUUUCAUGAAUUUGUCAGUAAAAUGCUGUAGAUAAAUACCAACAGAAAAAUGCUUCCUGUAACACAGAUCUUUUAGUAAAAAAUGUGUCCUAAUAAGACAAGUUGUAACUUUUUUAAAUAUUUGCAGUCUGUGUAACUUGAAAAACUGAAUUAUGUAGAAGAAACAGCUUGUCUACAUAACAAUGUAACUGUAUUUACACCAACAUUAUAUAAUUUAAUAUUUACUGACAAUGCCAUAUGUAA